GCACUAGAGAGCACACGCUCUGCUCUUCUCUCUGGUCUUUCUCAUAAUCUCACUGCAGAAGAAGAAGACCGCGAGCCACUGCUGAAACAAAAUGGCCGACGUAGAAAUGGAUUUACGGAGCAAGAGGGUAAAAACCGGGCCAGAGGAUUUGCAGAGUCCAGAGAAGAGUGGUAAUGGGGAUGAAAACAGUGACAUGUCUGGAGAGGAUGAAGAAGGUGAGGAAGAAGUGGAGGUGAAUGGAGAGAAGCAGGACAGCAGUUCCAAACAUCACAGCAGUGGCAGCAAACACAAGAAAAAGAAACAUAAGCACCGUAGUAAGCACAAAAAACGCAAACAUGUGUCUGAGGAUGAUAAGGACCGCAAACGGAAACAUAGACAUAAACAUAAGAAGCACAGGCGCAAAGAGGAGCCAUCCUCUUCACUCUCUGGGGCCAUCAACAGGAAGGCCGAGGAUGGCCCGCCAUCACUGGGCAGUGCAACCCUGGAUGAUAAGGCACUUCUUGAAGACCUGGAGAAACAAAGAGCACUGAUUAAAGCUGAGCUGGACAGCCAACUGAUGGAGGGGAAGGUUCAAUCAGGAAUGGGCCUGAUUCUACAAGGUUACAAUUCCGGCUCAGAAGAGGAUGGAGAGGGACAGAGGGCACGCAAUGGGGAGCAACAGCAAAGAAGCAGUGGGGGCAGAACCCGCUCACCUAGGGACCAGAAAAGCCGGGCCGGUAGAUCCAGACGGGAUUCAAUGGACACCAGCAAACCAAGUGUAAAACGACGCAGCCGCUCUCUUGAGAGAGUUUGUAGGGAUGCUAAACUUGAACGAAUUAACAAAACUGUGAAAGAGAUUAAGGAGCGUAGCAGGUCCAAAGAAAAAAAACGUUCCCAGAGCAGGGACAAAUCGAGGGAGUGUGUGAGGAAGUCCCAGUCUCCGUCUACAAGAAGACGGUCUGCGGAGAGAAAAUCAGACCAGAAGGGUCGUUCUGAACGGCGUUCCUCUCCUCAUGUAACUGAGAAGCGGGAACAAGUUGCACAGAGAUCAGACACACGAGGGCACAACAGCCAGUCCCGAGAUCGACGAUCUCACUCUAAAGAUGCCCGGGUAUGUCGUUCGGAGGCAGACAGAGAAAAAAGGCCUGGAAAGUCUUCAUCCAAAGACACCUCAUCUGGGAAAGAGAAUCGGUCUCCUCAUCAACGUCGAGCUCUUAGCCCUCCACGUCGACGCAGUUCUUCCCCUCUCCAUGGGGACCGCCAGCCCAACCAUCCCCCAUCGGGUUCUGCAGACCGGAGUUCCAAACUGAGCCACUCACCAUCUAGAAACAGGUCACCAGCCAAAAGAGGACGAAGUCGCUCAAAUGAGCACCGGAGAGAUUCCCCUUCCAGGAAGCGUCCUCGUGUGGAUGGAGCUGGGAGAUCGCGGGAAACGAGUCCUGCACGGCGCAAAGUGAGCUCUUCACCACUCAGACGUAGGUCUGUAUCACGUCGACAGUCUCGCUCCUCACCCAGAAGGCGAAGUCGAUCACCCCUGAGACGCAGGGACCGGUUUGGACACUCCAGACCACGGCGAUCCACCUCCAGAGAGCGUGAGAGGAGGCGACGGCGAAGUCGGGAUGAAGACAAGUUCAAAGGCAGUCUGUCAGAGGGUAUGAAAGCAGACCAAGAUGACUCCUCUGAAGAAGUGCUAGAGGACUUUGAUGCAGAAGAGGAGGAUGAAGAGGCUCUGAUUGAGCAACGACGACAACAGCGGCUUGCCAUUGUGCAGAAAUAUAAAGCUGUAAAAGAGGACAGUAAUAUGGGCUCCAUGGCAUCAGAGCCGAGCAGUCCUCAGAGCAGUACCCGCAGUCGUUCACCUUCCCCUGAUGACAUCCUGGAACGGGUAGCAGCCGAUGUGAAGGAAUAUGAGCGGGAGAAUGUAAACACUUUUGAGGCCAACAUCAAGGCCAAGCACAACCUCAUCGCUCAGGAGAAAGAAGGGGCCAACCUAAAGAAGCCCUCUGCACCUGACAUGUUCACUGAGUCAGAUGACAUGUUUGCUGCAGAUUUUGAUAGUGCCAGACUGAGGGCUGCAGGCAUUGGUAAAGAUUCUAAGGAGAACCCUAAUCUCAGGGACAACUGGACUGAUGCAGAAGGAUACUACCGUGUAAACAUCGGUGAGAUACUGGACAAACGGUAUGAUGUGUAUGGGUACACUGGACAGGGUGUGUUCAGUAAUGUAGUCAGAGCUAGGGACACUGCCCGGGCUGGCCAGGAGGUGGCAGUCAAGAUCAUUCGAAACAAUGAACUCAUGCAGAAGACUGGACUGAAGGAGCUUGAGUUUCUAAAGAAGCUGAAUGACGCAGAUCCUGAUGAUAAAUUUCACUGUUUGCGGCUUUUUAGACACUUUUACCACAAACAGCAUCUCUGUUUGGUGUUUGAACCUCUCAGUAUGAACUUGCGUGAAGUACUGAAAAAGUAUGGUAAAGACGUGGGGCUGCACAUCAAGGCAGUUCGUUCCUACAGCCAGCAGCUCUUUCUGGCCCUCAAACUUCUGAAACGCUGCAACAUCCUCCAUGCUGACAUCAAGCCAGACAACAUAUUGGUGAAUGAAUCAAAGACCAUUCUUAAACUCUGUGAUUUUGGCUCUGCAUCUCAUGUCGCUGACAAUGAAAUCACUCCUUACCUUGUCAGUAGAUUCUACAGGGCACCUGAAAUCGUCAUUGGUAAACCGUACGAUUAUGGCAUUGAUAUGUGGUCAGUCGGCUGUACCCUAUAUGAACUAUACACUGGGAAGAUCCUGUUCCCCGGCUCUUCCAACAACCACAUGCUGAAGCUGGCCAUGGAUCUGAAGGGCAAGAUGCCCAACAAGAUGAUCCGGAAAGGCCUGUUUAAAGACCAACAUUUUGACCAGAACUUAAACUUCCUGUAUAUAGAGGUAGACAAAGUGACUGAAAGGGAAAAGGUAACUGUGAUGAGCACCAUUAACCCUACUAAAGACCUGCUCGUGGACAUGAUUGGAGGUCAGAGGUUACCGGAGGAUCAGAGAAAAAAGGUCAUGCAACUUAAAGAUCUAUUGGAUGGUACUCUAAUGCUGGACCCAGCUAAACGCAUCAGCAUCAACCAAGCCCUUCAGCACCUUUUCAUUCAGGAGAAGAUAUGAUACUUUCACAUCAGACCUCUGUCUGUCCACUGUUCCAGUACUGAGCCAAUAGACUCAGAAUGUUUUGAAUCAACACAAGACUUUGAAUUUUCUAUUUUUAUUCAUGUUUUUCUAGUGAUUUUUGUUUUACCCAGUCAUUUUUGAUUCAAUUCUCUCAGAAUGAUCUUGUUUUUAUUGUACAUAUGCACACAUUGUCAUUCACUUGAGAGAAAGGCAUGUUUAGCAGUUAUCAGACUGUCUUAUUUAACUUCAGAAGUGACCGAAAUGUGCAGAAUGCAGCAUUUACAAGUUUAGUUGAGUUUUUCAGAUGUUGAAGGCUAGAAAUGGCUGGGCAAA